AUGCUGUCGUCGAGCAAGAAAGUGGCCGCCGCGGAGGUCCCGGUAAGCGGCGGCGGGAGCGGCGCGGGGAGCGAUGGCGCUUCCGAAGCGCCUGCGCCCCCGCCGCCUCCGCCGCCCCCGGCCCUCUCCGCUCCCUUGGGGGCCGCCGCCGCCGCCGCCACAACGGCCGAGGCCGCCGGCGCCUCGGAGCGCACGCCUCGUAAGAAGGAACCGCCGCGCGCCUCGCCGCCCGGGGCUUUAGCCGAGCCGCCUCCCGCCGGCCCCGGUCCCGCCGUGGGCUCCGAAACGACCGGCAUCGCCGAGACCCCCGAGGGCCGCAGGACCAGCCGCCGGAAACGGGCCAAGAUCCCAAGGCAAGCAGGAGGACUUCAAGACGACAGUUCUGGAGGGUAUGGAGACUGCCAAGCAUCAGGUGUGGAAGGCGCAGCUUUCCAGAGCAGGCUUCCACACGAUCGAAUGACAUCACAGGAAGCAGCUUGUUUUCCAGAUAUUAUCAGUGGGCCCCAGCAAACUCAGAAGGUUUUUCUUUACAUCAGAAAUCGAACGUUGCAGCUUUGGUUGGAUAACCCAAAGAUUCAGCUGACCUUUGAGGCAACGGUACAGCAGUUAGAAGCACCCUAUAAUAGUGAUACGGUACUUGUCCAUCGAGUACAUAGCUACCUAGAACGGCAUGGCUUAAUCAAUUUUGGUAUCUACAAAAGAGUGAAGCCCCUACCAACCAAGAAGACUGGCAAGGUCAUCAUAAUUGGUUCUGGAGUUUCUGGGUUGGCGGCAGCUCGGCAGCUCCAGAGCUUUGGAAUGGAUGUCACACUCCUAGAAGCACGGGAUCGUGUAGGUGGCAGGGUUGCUACUUUUCGCAAAGGAAACUACGUUGCAGAUCUAGGAGCCAUGGUAGUAACAGGACUUGGUGGAAAUCCAAUGGCUGUGGUAAGCAAGCAAGUAAACAUGGAACUGGCCAAAAUAAAACAAAAAUGUCCACUUUAUGAAGCCAAUGGACAAGCGGUUCCAAAGGAAAAAGAUGAGAUGGUAGAACAAGAGUUCAACCGUUUGCUAGAAGCUACCUCAUACCUCAGUCAUCAACUGGACUUCAAUGUCCUCAACAACAAGCCUGUUUCUCUUGGUCAGGCUCUGGAAGUUGUCAUACAAUUACAGGAGAAGCAUGUCAAGGAUGAACAGAUAGAACAUUGGAAGAAGAUAGUGAAAACUCAGGAAGAGCUUAAAGAUCUCCUUAACAAGAUGGUGAACUUGAAAGAGAAAAUAAAAGAACUUCACCAACAAUACAAAGAAGCUUCGGAAGUAAAACCGCCUCGAGAUAUUACUGCAGAAUUUCUUGUGAAGAGCAAACAUAGAGAUCUUACUGCCCUUUGUAAGGAGUAUGAUGAGUUAGCCGAAACACAAGUAAAACUGGAAGAGAAGCUCCAGGAACUAGAAGCAAAUCCUCCAAGUGAUGUGUAUUUAUCAUCAAGGGACAGGCAGAUUCUUGAUUGGCAUUUUGCAAAUCUUGAGUUUGCAAAUGCCACACCACUUUCUACUUUGUCACUGAAGCAUUGGGACCAGGAUGAUGAUUUUGAAUUCACAGGCAGUCAUCUGACUGUGAGGAAUGGCUAUUCUUGUGUGCCUGUGGCUCUAGCAGAAGGAUUAGAUAUCAAACUAAAUACAGCCGUUCGUCAGGUUCGCUAUACCGCUUCUGGAUGUGAAGUGAUAGCUGUCAAUACCCGUUCUACUAGUCAGACUUUUAUUUACAAGUGUGACGCUGUCUUGUGUACCCUCCCCUUGGGAGUACUGAAGCAGCAGCCUCCAGCAGUCCAGUUUGUCCCUCCUCUUCCCGAGUGGAAGACAUCAGCUGUACAGAGAAUGGGAUUUGGAAACCUUAAUAAGGUUGUUCUAUGUUUUGACCGCGUGUUUUGGGAUCCGAGUGUUAAUUUGUUCGGCCAUGUGGGCAGCACAACAGCAAGCAGAGGAGAGCUUUUCCUGUUUUGGAAUCUUUACAAAGCCCCGAUCCUUCUGGCCUUGGUGGCAGGUGAAGCAGCAGGAAUCAUGGAGAACAUUAGCGAUGAUGUCAUUGUUGGACGCUGCCUUGCUAUCCUCAAGGGUAUUUUUGGCAGCAGUGCUGUCCCUCAGCCCAAAGAGACGGUGGUAUCUCGAUGGCGGGCUGAUCCGUGGGCCCGAGGCUCUUAUUCCUAUGUAGCAGCUGGUUCGUCAGGAAACGACUAUGACUUGAUGGCUCAGCCAAUUACUCCUGGACCAGCCAUUCCAGGAGCUCCUCAGCCCAUUCCUCGCCUCUUCUUUGCUGGAGAACAUACAAUUCGUAACUACCCAGCGACAGUUCAUGGAGCACUGCUAAGUGGCCUGAGAGAAGCUGGACGUAUUGCAGACCAGUUUCUCGGUGCGAUGUACACUCUCCCUCGCCAAGCGACCCCUGUGGCAACAGCACAACAGACGCCUCCUAUGUGAAGAUGCCAGUGCGAGAGACGGUGCAGUGGGCUCAGAAUUCUUGGCGUGGACUCUGUUAGAAGCAAGUGGAAUUGUGUUCUGUAGCACUACCGGUUGGAGGGCUUAAUCCAGAAGUUGGAAGCGGAGAACAGAGAAGCCCUUCAAAGGUAUCCAUCACUUGAAAAUGCUUUCCACCAGAGUAGCAUUCAUACUACUCCGAAAAUAAACUGAGUCUCUCAAGUUGGAACAUUUUAGGUACAUAUGUGGUUUUGGUUAACUUUCUUCCUAUGGUUUAGAGUUCUUGUAAGAUAGCUGUUAGUAAUUAAGGUAAGUUCGUUUUACAUGGAUUUGGCUUA